AUGGAUACGCCAGAAAAUGUUGCUGACUUGCUAAAGCAGUUUAGGGAGAAUGUGUUUGACAUUUUGACUCCGGACCACACAGAUGCUAUUCUGCUCAAAUGGUUGAGAGCUCGAAAUUACAACCUGAAAAAGGCGGAAUAUAAUUUUCGAGAGGUGGAUUCUAAUAAAACUAUAUUUGGGGUAAAAACUAUGUUGGAAACAUACGUAAAACCUGAGGUGGCUGAAAAAUAUGAGAGGACCUGUUUGAUUGGGAUUGCUAAAGAUGGAACGCCCAUUAGAUACGUAUCUUUUGGGUUGGAUUAUCAAGGCUUCAUAAUGUCUUUGACGGGAUACGAACAAUGUCUGUACUUUUCAUACUGCAUGGAACUGGACCUUGCAACUGCCAGGAAAGAAAACGAAAAGACUGGUAAAAAUGACCAAAAUGAAGUGACUUAUAUUUUCGAUAUGGAAGACUUCGCCCUUCAGGACUACAUGCAUAAAUGCGUGAUGGAAAGUGGAAUGGACUUCUUCCGCCUGCUUCAAGAUCAUUACCCAGAAGUAUGGAAGCAUAUUCUCAUCAUUAACGCGCCUGGUUAUUUCCACAGAGCUUUCAACCUCUUAAAGCCUAUUUUUCGGGCAACACUUCUGGAAAAGAUUCAAGUGGUGUCUAAAAAUCAAACUGGAGAACUAUUGAGAAAGUACAUUGACGACGACGUGCUUCCCUCCUUUUUAGGGGGUAAAAGAGUCGAUUCGAAGGGCGAUCCCAAAUGUGGUGAAGUGUUUCCAAUAAUGAAUCAUCCGUAUUGCAAGAUUCCUCAAGAGUUCUACGUUAAUAAUCGAAAGCCCCUCCUCUCCCUCAAAGAGCCCGGGGUUCAGAGUGUAACCAUCGGUGCUAGGUCUGUUUACAAUGUUCCCGUGGUGGUAAAAAAAGCUUGUACAAAGGUCAGUUUCCGGUACAGGUCGGAAGGAGGAAGCCUCGGCAUUCGAAUCCUCUACCGGGAAAAUGAGUAA